AAUGAUAAACCCCGCCCACUGCUGGCGUUAUACACAGAGGAGCUACAAGAUGGCGCAGGCAAUAUUUGAGGUUCUGGAAGGCAUGGACAAUCAGACGGUGCUCAAUGUCCAGUCAUUGUUAGACAGUCAAGGUGGUGUUUUGGACCCGGGCUCACAGAAUGUCUCAGGAACGACCAUCCAGCCAAUGGAUGAUGAUGACGUCUUUCUGUGUGGGAAAUGUAAGAAGCAGUUCAACUCUUUACCGGCGUUCAUGACACACAAGCGUGAACAGUGUCAGUCCAACACGCCGUCUCUGGCCACCGUCUCUCUGGCCUCCAACAACGCAUACACCUCCGUCCCGUCCAUCAGCACUGGACCCUCUAACAGACAGGUGUCGACGUACAUCACCGUGCCGCAGUCUCCGCUCACACACACGCUGGUCCAGGGAAACGUGUUGGUCAGUGACGAGGUUCUGAUGUCGGCCAUAUCAGCGUUCAGCUCUCUGGAUCAGCCAAUGGCAGCCAUGCAGGGAUCCGUCCAGAGCAAUCUGAGCAUGCACGCGGGAUCCUCGUACCUCCAGCACCAUCAUCAGCCCCUCCCCCACACACAGGCCACGCCCCUCUCCUCACAGGUGUCCUCCAGCCACAGUAACUCAGUGGUGCAGGUGUACAGCACACUGCCCUCUAUGGCCGGAGGCGGGACUGCGGAGGUGCCCGCACUGGGGCUUCAGUCCUUCCAGUCCAUCCAGAUCCCCAGUCAGUGUGUGGAGGGCCAGGUGUUCAGCGCCGCUCCGGUUUACAGUCCAGGAAAACACACCGCCAAAAACAAGAGCUGCACCAUCAGCACGAGCCUCUCCGAGCUGGGCGAAUACGACAAGGUUAUCAUCCCUAAGAGAGCCAGAACCUCCAAGAAAACACAGGAUGCAGGACAAACCAAAGGAAAAGCCCAGAAGCUCAAGUGCAAUUACUGUGACAAAGUGUUUACCAAGAACUUUGACCUCCAGCAACAUAUAAGAAGUCACACGGGUGAAAAGCCGUUUCAGUGUAUCGUGUGUGGCCGAGCCUUCGCCCAGAAGUCUAACGUGAAGAAACACAUGCAGACGCACAAGGUUUGGCCCGCCGGCGUUCACAGCACCGCCUCGAGGAUGCCCAUCACUGUCCGCGUGCUUCCUCUCAGCCACCAGCAGAACUCACAGCAAGCGGAGGAAGAGGAGCACGAGCAAGCCAUUGAAGAGCCGGACGCUGAGGUCCAGGAGACGGAGGAGAAGCAAAGCGACGAGACGAACACGAACAAGCAGAUCAUCCUCAUCGACAGCUCAUAUCAGUGCCAGUUCUGCUCGGACAAAUUCAGCACAUACUUCCAGCUGAAGUCUCACAUGACCCAGCACAAGAACGAGCAGGUGUACCGCUGUGUGGUGAAGAGCUGCUCUCAGACCUUUCAGAAGCUGGAUCAGUUUCUGGAGCACAUCCACACACACCAGGAGCAUCUGACGUACCGCUGUCACCAGUGCAGUAAAGUCUUCCCGUCGCUCUUCGAGCUCGGCCUUCACCAGUACUCACACAGCUUCUGUCCGCAACAGAACCAGCGCAAAGAGACCAACUACUACAGAUGUAUGAAGUGUCAGAGUAAAUACUCUACACAAGAAGCUCUGGAGCAGCAUCUGCUGAACGCCACACACAACUACCCCUGUCCACACUGCAUGAAGGUGUUUCCGUGCGAGAGGUAUUUCCGGAGGCAUCUCUCCACUCACGGCGUCGGCGGCAAAUUCAAGUGUCAGAUCUGUAAAAAGUUCUUCAAAACCGAGCACUACCUCAAACUACACACACAGAUCCACUCAGGGGAGAAACCGUAUAAAUGCUCCGUCUGCGAAGCCACCUUCAACAGGAAGGACAAAGUAAAGAGGCACAUGCUGAUCCACGAACCCUUCAAGAAGUACAAGUGUCCCUUCAGGACUCAUGUGGGCUGCACCAAAGAGUUUAACAGGCCGGACAAACUCAAAGCUCAUAUUCUCUCUCAUUCAGGUAUUAAGCCGUAUAAGUGUCAGUUCUGUCAGAAGUCGUUCAGUCGUCGAGCUCAUAUGCUGGAGCAUCAGCGCUCACACACAGACAACUACCGCUUCCGCUGCUCCGCCUGUAACAAAGGCUUCACACGCCAGAAAUACUACAGAGAUCACAAGUGUCCGCUCGCGGGGGCCGCGCAGGGACGGGACAACAGCAGCGAAGGGGACGGAUCUUCUGCCAUGGAGCCCGACGAACACGGAGAAAGCGAAGAGGAGGGCGAUGAUAAUGAUAACGAGACGCAGCAGGAGGGAAUCAUGGGAAUGGAUGGAGAGGAGAAACAGACGAGAGAGGAAGAGGAGGAUGACGAGGAAGAGAGGAAUAACGAGACGAGACUGGAUCACAUGCAGGAAGAAGAGCGAGCCGUCAGACUGCUCUCUGAACCCAUGUGCUUCCAGACGGGGGACUGAUGAAGAUCUGGAUGAGGAAGAGUCAAAGCGGAGAUGUGUUCUGCACAUGUAUUUCCCAGAAUUCCC